CUUAACUUUAAGAGCAGAGGCAACCAAGUAAUGCUUGAGACUCACGACUCGUCUUGUUUCAUCUCAUAGCCCUAGAAGGUACCACAUCCUUUUGAGACAUUUAUUAAAGAAACGAAAACUUCAUAAUGAAGCUGCCUUGGAAGACCAACCUCAUAUCCAGAAGUAUGUGUGGGAGGAAGGAAGAAACUCAACAAUGAGCAGAAUUUGACCUAAAAGGACCAUGAGGAGAACCAUGAACAUGUCACACGCACAUGAAUGCAGUCUGACAAAGUUAGUCAAUGCUUCGAUUAUGCUGCAACGGGAGAUGUAUGUCAAUGACACCAUGGAAAUUGACCCACCAACGCAUUACAUGAUACGGGAGUGGAUAAUUUACCCAUCCUAUUCAGGAAUGAACUUGUUUCUUAUACCAGUGAUCUUUUGCUGUGUGAUAGCACUCAUUUUUACUCCUUCUAUAUUAUUCUCUAUUUACUCCAACAUCAGCAUGCGCCGGGAAACAAGGUUCUUACUAUUGGGAAAUAUAGUGCUCUACGACUUGAUAUACCUCAUCCUGUAUUCAGUUAUCGCCAUAUGUAACGUAAUGAACUUGAAGAUGUCGAAACAUAUAUGUAUACUGAUUCUCUUUUUGUUGGCUGUUACCUACUGGGGAGGAGUCCUCAGUACAGCUUCAAUGGUGGUGGACACUUAUUUGGCAGUUCUAUGGCCACUACACUAUAUGUCAUUACUUUCUGCACGAAGAACUGAGAAAUUGUUAAUACUGCUGUGGAUCUCGUCCUUUUUCUUCCCUGCUAUUGUCUUUUUGGCUUUGUAUUUUACCCAAAAACCGGCACCAUGCCCUUUGGAACUAUGUUCCUUACCAGUGAUCCUACUCAUGGCAUUACAUGCAGAUGAUGCACUUAAACUGUGCUAUAUCUUGUUUGUUAUCAUUUUCCUGCUAUUGUUCUCUUUAAUCUUCUGCUGUUAUAUAGUCAUAUACUAUAAAACAAGGGAAACUGGAAUCUGGAAAAGUGUGUCUUCAAGAGCCAGUGUAACUUUCUUUUUGCAUCACACCAUAUUGUUCUUUUAUUUGAGCCCACUUCUCCUUCUGUUGUCAGAAUCAUUGCUCUAUAUGGGGAAGGUCAUCGGUUUAAGAACAGGAUUAUGGAUAACACAGACACUCUGCAAUGUAUUACUUGUCCUUCCAAAAGCUGCAUCACCUUGUUUGUAUGGACUUCGCUAUAGGGAAAUAUAUAAGUCACUAAAGCUCUUUUUAAGAUUGAGAAAACACAGACAUGUUGCACCGGUUAUAUCAGAUCGGUAA